GUUUUUGUUUUCUUCUCUGUGUGGGAUUUGAUACCAAUACAAGACAAAGUGAUGGAGGCUUUGAAGGGUUCAUGUCCGAGUGAAAAAAACGGAGCAUUAGCGCCAGGUUUCAGGUUUCAUCCGACCGACGAGGAACUGGUGGUGUAUUAUCUGAAGAGAAAGAUUCGCCGGAAGAAACUAAGAGUCGAUGCAAUCGGCGAGACAGAUGUCUACAAGUUUGAUCCCGAGGAGUUGCCUGGGAAAGCGUUAUAUAAGACAAGGGAUCGUCAAUGGUUCUUCUUCAGCCCGAGGGAUAGGAAACAUGGAGGAAGGUCAAGCAGAGCGACGGAAGGUGGAUACUGGAAAGCAACUGGGAAAGACAGAGUCAUCAAGUGCAACUCUCGCUCCGUUGGGGAGAAGAAGACGCUUGUUUUCCACAGAGGCAGGGCGCCUAAUGGCGAGAGGACGAACUGGGUCAUGCACGAGUACACGCUGCACCAAGAGGAGCUCGAGAGGUGCGGAGGUGUCAAGGACUGUUAUGUGCUUUACAAGGUUUACAAGAAGAGCGGGUCUGGUCCUAAGAACGGUGAGCAGUACGGAGCUCCUUUUAUAGAAGAAGAGUGGGCAGAUGAUGAUGAUGAUGAUGCUGAAGAUGUCGAUGAGGCUGCCGUUGUAGUCGACGUUCCUGCGAAUCAGCUCGUUGUUUCAGCUGGUGUCGGCAGUGAUAUAUUCACGAGUGGGCUUAACCAAUCUGAACUUGAUGACAACGAUAUCGAAGAGAUGAUGAGACAGGUUAUAGAGGACCCUGGACAUGUCAGGUUGUCAUCGGCUCCAGCGUAUGAUCCGGCGAAAGAUGCUUACUUGGAAAUCGACGAUCUUUUGCUCAGAUCUGCACCUGAACCGAGUUAUGCGGAAGCUGCGCAGAAGAACUGGGACCAAGAUGAGCCUGGUGGUGUGCUGAAUGAUGAUGAUUUCUUUGAUGUCGACUCGUUAUUCCGUGAUUUGGAUGACGCAAAUCCUCAUCCAGAGCCUGUCGGUGUUGGUGGUUUGGAGAAUGGGUUUGAACAAAGACUUGAGGUGAAUACUACUUGGUCGGUGACUGACCAGGCCGAUGGUAACCAGUUCCAGAACCAAGAAGGUAGCAACUGGCCACUCCGUAACAGCUAUACCAGAAAGAUAACCAAUGAUGGACUUACCGCUACCCGGUUUGGUGAGGCUCCUGGUACAGGUGAUGGUGCAUCUGAAUUCAUAAACCCUCUUACUUCUGGUAUAACCACGGAGGAAGAAGACUCGACAAGAGGCGAGUCGAGUCAGUUUGCUUCUAGUCUAUGGUCAUUCCUGGAGUCGAUUCCUGCAAACCCAGCAUAUGCGUCAGAGAAUCCAUUUGUUAACCUGAACCUUGUCAGAAUGUCAAGGCUUGGUGGUCGCUCCAGGUUUGGUUCUACAAGCACAGGCAACAAUGUCGUUGUGGCGGUUAACGAUUCAGCAGCAAAGAGGAACAAGUCUGGAGGAAACAACAAGAACAACCACCACAAGGGUUUCUUCUGCUUGUCGAUCAUUGGUGCUCUGUGUGCUUUAUUUUGGGUGAUCGUAGGAGGAACAAUGGGAGUUUCAGGGAGGUCUUUGUUGUGGUGA